AUGGGCAUCUAUUCAUCAUGGCUAACCUCCUGGUUCGCCAACAACUUCCUCCCCGAAGAAAUCAUCGGCAGUUUGGAGACCAACUCAAUAUUCCUGCUCGCCCUAUUCGCCACCGUAUUCUUCUACUCUGUGCAAGAAAACGGCAUUCGCGUCGUCGACGUGCUAGUCAUCCAUCAACUGUGCAUUGGGUUUCUAUUCAGCGUCAUGUCCCUAUGGGGUUAUCGGACAAUGUACUAUCGCACCGAAGGCCCCGGAGGACGGCGCCACUUCGGCGGAUUCGGGACCCAUUUCCGUCUCGUGCUGAUGGGCAUGAUUUCCGCGUACGGGACCUGGUUCUGGGUCGAGGGUGUCGAGGAUGGACUGAGUGCAUGCGACAGACGUCGAAAUUGUGGUGGACUAGACACAUUUUUCCUCGUGCCUGUAAAAGUGGACAGUUGGGCCACUAGGAGUAUUAAUCUGGUCAUCAAUAUUGGGGCCUCUGUGUAUUAUGGUAUUAUGGCGCUGGCUGCACUUGCGGCGGGGACGGCGUAUGUUGUCCAUCGUGUCCGGGGGAAAGAUGUGCAUUGGGAGUUGAUCAAGGAGCAGGAUUCGAGUGUUAACUUGACGAAACGAGAGCUCACAAAAUGGUACAUCGCCCUAUCAUGCUUCAAUCUCAUCUGGAUCGUCUUCGCCAUGAUCAGCAUCGAAUUCACUUUGAACUUGAACCACAUGAACAACGUCAUUGGGAGUAUGGGGCUAGUCGGUCCAGGCCAAUUGAUCCCCCUUGCAAUUGGACUGAUGAGCCUGACCCGGGUGUUGUGGAUUCUCGCCCGUCAACAUAUUCCUUUCCUCAGAAAGAAAAACGCCGAGGAGGAUACAACUAUGUUGUCGUCUCCGGAAACCCCAAAGUUCAUGGGCGGCAUCGGCUUGACCAUGUUGAACACUCGCAGCACAUAUUCUCCUUACCCGUACUCCCCGGGAAAAGAAAAACCGUUGUCAUCAUCAACAAAAUCCCCUGCUGCGACGACUAAUACUGCCGGCAGUCCUCCUGGAUCUGGGACUGGAGUAUCUAGCAGCGGAGGCAGCGGAGGUAGGGAUUGGGGUUCGAUCUCGACAUUACCCCCUCUCCCUGCUAUCGCGACCGGUCCAAAAAGACAUUCUCUGACACACCGCAUUCUGCUGGCGUGGUUGCCUUGGCUGGGAUUGUUUGAAUGGUCGAAACAUUCGCUUACUCGGUCGCUUGGUGAAUAUUCGAGCUUCAGUAUUGGAGGCCGGCGGGGACAUCAUUAUUAUGGUCUCCAGGACCAUGCACGACAGGUUUCAGAGGACAUUGAUGAUGUUGGUGGUGGUGGUGGAGGAGGGGGAGGAAGAGGAGCUGCUGGCAGUGGCGGUGGUGAUAAUAUUAAAGUGGAUGUCAUCGAAAUGACUCAAGACAUUGAAGCAGCAGCAGUGUCCACGGACACGAAACGAUCGCAUCAACCACAAACACAACCACAACCCCGGGGUGGAUUCUUCGGAGCCGCCCGCUUCGAUCCCAUCAAUAACGACAACAACAACAGCGGCAGCGUCCGACCACCACCACCACCACCACCACCACCACCACGACGGGAUCAGUCUAGGCCGUGGCAUCGGAAUCCCUCAGACCAAGAGGGCCUGCUGGCCCCUGAAGCAAAGACCGAGGAUGAGAUGCGGUCGGAAAAUGGAAUGGGAAUGGCAUCUAGUAAUCAAUCAGUCGUAUCGAGCAACGACGAUGAUAAUGACGACGAUGACGAAGAGUGUAUCUGUCACUCAAGAGGGAUCUACGAUGGAGAAGGGUACGAUUGA